GUAAAAAAAGAGCGUAUACACCUGAUAAAGAAGUUGAUAAAGUUAAUCCUAUUAUUCUUGACAAUAAUGAUAAUUAUGAAGUAGAUAAUGAUAAUGAGAAAAUUGAACCUGUAAAUAAUGAUGAUAAGGAAAUAAAACCUCCAGAAAUUAAAGCUAAACUCUUGUCAAACCAACAAGCAAGUGAUCAACUUGAUAUUAUUUCAAGAAUGUUUAAAUUAAAAUUAAAAGAAAUCACCUAUAAUCUUUUUGUAAAAGGACCUAAUUAUAUAAUGGGAUCUAUUAAAAAUGAUGAAAUUACUCAACAUUUAAAUGCAAGAUAUGUUUCUGCUAUUGAAGCAUCCUGA